AUGCCUCCAUUUCAUCAACAGACCCAUUCAAGUGCUGGACUGAGUUCAGAGCUUCUUCAGGGAAAGCCUCAAUCAUCAAGCAAGCCAACAGCCAGCUGCCAGUUCCUUCAAUCAGUUGAAAAAGGUCUUGAACAAUUGCAUGACUGUAGAACCAUUGACCAACAACACGUGGAAGAGGUUGAACG